ACUAAGAAAAUGUGAGCUCUACAAAAUUUGACAACAGGAGAAACACAAGGUGAAAUCCUACUGAACUAAAUGAGACCAGUUGCUGGUAAUAUUUCUGGCUCACCUUCAAAGCUUUCUAGAUGAAGGAAGGGCUUCGCUGUCAUCACACGAUUUGUGUUGUGACUUCAAUAAGUUGAGCACACGACAUCACACGCAAGAUGUUAAAAACUGAUAAAGUGUUACAGACGAAGACGCGGCAGGGGCGUGUCGUGAGACUUGUGAGGGAGCUUUAUCUCCGGGAGGAUGUACCUUGUAACAGCGAACUGUGCUUAGCGGAUUGCAGAAAAACUGGUAAUUCCCUCGUGGCGGCCGAUGUAACCCACUAUCUUGUCCCUGACUGUCAUGUUGCUGGAGCAUUUCUAGAAAUAAUGGAACUUCCUGAGUUAACAAGCAUCGUCUUCAUGCAAACAGUGCUGCAUCAUGUGUUACAUAGCAAAGGACAACGUGUGUACAAGCGUUUACAAAAUAAAGUCAAGGAUUCCAGGAAUCACUGCAUCGUCUUUGCCAACGAGUUUUGCCGUUUUGCGUAUAGCGCAAGAGAACCGGGAGAGAGUGAGAAACACUGGCUUAUCAGAGUUGUCUACAACAGCAGUGUUUGGUAUUACAAUCAUCUAGCUGGUCAGAAGCCCAUUGUGUUUCUAACGGAAGACAUUGAGUCUGGUGCCAAAUAUGGAAGUGAAACUGUUGGUGUCCAUGUGAUGAACGUAAAGCAAUAUCUGGAGGUGUUCUGGCCUCAACUGACCCAAGCUCAUGACAUGUUUGACUCUCUUACUGCUUCACUGACUGACACCACGGACAGAAAAAAAGGCAGCAACAAAGACUACCAGGACUAUUUGCCUAAUGAUGUCUUAGCAGCCGGUAUCAAGUCAGGACUGUUUAUAGAGGGGUCUUUAAGAGUCAAUAAAUACCACGCCCAGGAUGAGGCGUAUGUGACUAGAGGAAGUGGCAGUGGAAUCCGCUUAGAUUCAGACAUUCUCAUACCAGGAAUGAAGAACAGGAAUCGAGCCGUGCAUGGAGAUCAGGUCGCCAUUGAAUUGCUCCCCAAGUCCGAGUGGACGGGCAAAAUCAGUUCAUUGUCAACAACAGGUGGCCCCGGGGAUGACACAUCAGACAUUGCUAGGAGUAACAGCAAACCCACCGGCCGUGUAGUUGGUGUCAUGCAGAGACACUGGAGGGAUUAUGUGGCAUGCUUUCCUGAGGAGAAGCAGGUGCAAGGAUCUCGUUCUGGGAGAGUUCUUGUCAUCCCUUGGGAUCAACGCCUUCCUAAGAUACGUAUCAGUACACAACAGGCAGACUCCCUCAGAGAUCAUAGGAUUAUUGUACGCCUAGACACCUGGGAAGCUGAUUCCCAGUACCCCAAUGGUCACUUUGUACGCUCACUCGGACCAAUCGGAAGCCUUGAAACAGAAAUAGCCGCCAUUUUAGUUGAGAACAAUAUAUCAGUCGGAGCUUUCUCUGAGGGACAGACUAAAGAGUUGCCGACCAACAGUGAUGAGAAUCCAUGGAGGAUGACAGAGGAGGAGAUGACGGGACGUAGAGAUCUCCGCCGGACUCAUCUUAUCUUCAGUAUCGAUCCUAAAGGAUGUGAAGAUGUGGAUGAUACAUUGUCAAUACGCGAAAUGAGAGACGGAAAGGUUCUGGAGCUUGGAGUUCAUAUCGCCGAUGUGUCUCAUUUUGUUCAACCCAACUCACUGACUGAUCUAGAAGCCAGGCAGAGAUCGACCACAGUGUAUCUGGCUGACCGACGUUACGAUAUGCUCCCUGAGGUACUGAGCGCUGAUCUCUGCUCUCUGAUUGGUGGAGUGGAUCGCUAUGCGGUCAGCGUGAUGUGGCAACUUGACCCACUGACCUACGAAGUCCGCAAAGUAUGGUAUGGACGAACCAUCAUCAGAUCCGCACACAAGAUGUUUUAUGAGGCUGCUCAAGACUUGCAUGAUGGGAAAGAUGUGAGAUGCGACAUACCAGAGUUGGCCGGAAUGAGUGAAGAAGAUGUGCAGAAACGAUUAUCAGAGCUGCGUUGGGGCGUGGACAAGCUAAUGGAUAUUGCUAGAAACCUGAAGGCUCGCAGGGUCGUUGGGGGCGCUGUUCAACUAGAAGGAAUAGAGGUCAAAGUGGAACUGAGCGAAGAGCAAGAAAUUGAGGAUCUUGUCCCCAAGCAGACAAUGGAAAUUCAUGAAACAAUAGCAGAGUGUAUGAUCUUUGCCAACCAUUGGGUAGCGAAGAAGAUCUCGGAAACGUUCCCCAGCUUUGCACUGUUGAGGCACCAUCCCCUUCCGAGGCAAGAUCAGUUUCAAGAUUUAGUGGACAGCGCUAAGGCGAGAGGAUUCACGAUAGACACAAGCUCCAAUAAGACCUUAGCCGAGUCUCUGGAUAAGUGCGUUGACCCCAAGGAUCCUGUCUACAAUAAGAUUCUACGUUCACUGGCGACUAAAGCAAUGUCUAAUGCUUUGUACUUCUCCACUGGUAGUCUGCCUAGAGAUCAGUUCUUUCACUAUGGUCUGGCACUGGAUCGCUACACGCAUUUCACGUCACCUAUCAGACGAUAUGCUGAUAUUAUUGUGCAUCGACUUUUGAUGGCUGCUAUUUCUGACGAUGGUGAUGAUGCCAACAGUACGCAGUUGCUUAGCAACAAUGCACUAGAGGAGUUAUGUGUACACAUAAACAACAAACAUAGGGCCUCUCAGCAUGCUCAGCAGGACUCCCAGGGGUUAUUCCAAACAUUAUUCUUCAAGGAUCGAGACCCUUUGAGCGAUGAGAGCUGUACGGUGGACGCAGUCAUCCAAACCCUCAGGGCUAAUGGCUUUCUGGUCUUCAUCCCCAGGUAUGGAAUAAAAGGAGCAGUAACACUGAAGAACAAAGAGGGCCAGGUUUUUGAUGUCACAGAAGAUAGAAAGACUUCGUGGACGUCAGGCUCAAUAACGAGAGAUGAUUAUUCCAUCACUGUGACAUCCGCAACCAGUCAGUCUAGUUUCCAUCUGUUUGACCAUGUAACAGUUCGUAUCUCAGUACAAUCAUCAAGAGCUCAUUCACAGCGUCUGUGCCUCCAGCUAGUGUCCAAGGAACCGCACCUAUCUAGCCAAGUAGUGGUAGAAGGACACGGUCUACGCACAGACAUAGUACAGGCGGUAACCAAGGAGUCUGAAGAUAAGCCCCAGUCAGCAUGCCUCAUCACUGACAGUGCAGACGUGCUGGGUACCAGUCUUCAUGAGCUCAAAGCAGAGUAUGGUCAAACAGACAAGGAGAAGAGCUUGUACAGCAUCCUGCAACAGUUUGCCGAGAUUGGUCUUCAGGAACCAGGAUGAACUGUACAGCAUCCUGCAACAGUUUGCCGAGAUUGGUCUUCAGGAACCAGGAUGAACUGUACAGCAUCCUGCAACAGUUCGCCGAGAUUGGUCUUCAGGAACCAGGAUGAACUGUACAGCAUCCUGCAACAGUUUGCCGAGAUUGGUCUUCAGGAACCAGGAUGAAUAGUACCUGGCUGAAAUAAUAUGUAAAUUAACCUGUAUUUUGACUUUUUUUGUAAAUAUAAAUUGCAAAUGAGUUGAGUUGUCUUCAAUGUGUUAUAUAGUUGGCAAAGUAAUCGACCCUCUACAAGGUUAAAUUUAAGAUCACACGGUCCAGCAGUUUAAUUUUGGU